AUGCGGUGUAAUGUGUUCGAUCAUCAUAAAGAUUACAGCGCGCCUGGUGUCUUUGAACAUGUGCCAACAUCUGUUCGUUCUCUUAUACCCGUCGCAUUUCUCUAUUCUGAUGUCAUGAUGUUAACGUGCAGCAGUUUAGUAGCGGUUACAGAGGGUCUAUCCAACGACUACCCUAAUGGGUCGCAGAUCUACUCAUUGGCCUAUACCCUGUUUGUGGCACCUUUUGCACUUCUUCUAGACGAUUCCACCUACAUGGUGACCAACUCCGCCGAAAUUCCAGCUUACACAGUGCCUCCUCGUCCAUUCCCGACUAAUCUCGAUCAAGCCGACAUCGCAUCAGAGCACUUCUCCACUCGAAUGAUGCUGGAAGCAUGUGCUGCCGCCGAGGAGGCUAAAAAACAAGCACAAUCGGGAUCUGCCGAAAAAGCCUAG